UCUCUCCCUAUUUUUUCAAAAUUCUUCACCGUUCACACACUAAAGUAAACUUAACUCUUUUAUUCAAUUUUACAUGGAAAUUGAUUCCUUCUCAUUCCCUUCUCUAGAAGAUUAUUCCUUUUUGUUCCCAGAUAUGGAACCUAAUGUAAACACAAAGAAGAGAAAUCACCCCGAAGAUACACAACAAAUUCAAUGGAAUAAUAAUAACUUCAACGAUAGUGUUGCAUUAAACGAUAUUCUCAGUUCCCUCAUUCAACUCGAUAAACAACAACAACAACAAUUACCAAAACAAGAACAACAGCAAAUAGUAACAACACCUAUUAUGAACCCCAAUUCAAAUUCCAAUUCCAAUUCCAACGAAUUUGAAAUCGAAUUCGACUUCAACGAAUCACCGACCAAAAAAUCCCGACUAAUUGGAACAGCUGCGAGUUCUUCUUCUUCUUCAAUUGCGGGCCCACAGAGACGGUUAUGGGUGAAAGACCGUUCAAAAGACUGGUGGGAGAAAUGUAGCAGCCCUGAUUUUCCGGAAGAAGAGUUCCGGCGUUGUUUCCGGAUGAGUAAAUCAACGUUCGAGUUAAUAUGCAGAGAACUCGAUUCAGCAGUUACGAAGAAAAACACGAUGUUACGCGACGCUAUUCCGGUACGUCAGCGCGUGGCGGUUUGUAUUUGGAGACUCGCAACUGGUGAUCCACUUAGACUCGUUUCGAAACGGUUCGGUUUAGGUAUAUCCACCUGUCACAAACUUGUUCUCGAGGUCUGUUCCGCAAUUAAAAAUGUUCUUAUGCCAAAGUUUAUUCGUUGGCCUGAAGAAAAUCAAAUGAAGGUAAUUAAAGAUGAAUUUGAGUCUUUAUCUGGAAUAUCUAAUGUUGGUGGUUCAAUGUACACUACUCAUAUCCCAAUUAUUGCACCCAAGUCCAAUGUUAAUUCUUAUUUCAAUAAGAGACACACUCAAAGGAAUCAGAAAACUUCUUACUCUGUUACUGUUCAAGGUGUGGUUGAUUCCAAAGGAAUUUUCACUGAUGUUUGUAUUGGUUGGCCUGGUAGUUACCUUGAUGAUCAAGUUUUGGAGAAAUCAGUUUUGUAUCAGAGAGUUAUGAGAGGGAAUUUGAAAGAUGUUUGGGUUGUUGGAAAUUCUGGGUACCCUUUAAUGGAUGGAAUUUUGGUACCUUAUACACAUCAGAAUCUUACUUGGACACAACAUGCCUUUAAUGAGAAAGUUGGGGAUAUUCAAAAUGUUGCUAAGGAUGCUUUUUCCAGGGUUAAAGGGAGGUGGUCUUGUUUGCAGAAGAGGACUGAGGUGAAGAUUGAGGAUUUGCCUGGUGUUCUUGGAGCUUGUUGUGUUUUGCAUAAUAUUUGUGAGAUGAGGAAUGAGAAAAUGGAUGAUGAAUGGAGUUUUGAACUUUUUGAUGAUGAGAUGGUGGCUGAGAAUGGUUUGAGAUCAGUUGCUGCUGUUCAGGCUAGGGAUAAUAUUGCUCAUGAUUUGUUACAUCGUGGCCGUGCUGGCAAUACUUUUUUGUAGUCUUAUGUUUAUGUCGGAUUUAAAUAUGAAUCAACGGCAUAAAAUUGAUGGUAUAAUUUGAACUGCUCGAUUUAAAAAAGGCAGCUUAAAUUGUUUACAGCGUAAAAUUAUGUGAUGUAGUAAUUGUAUCAAAUUCGAGUCCGUCAAAUCAUAUCUUCGAUAACACAUAAAAGUAUACGUCAUUAUUAUCAUUACUUUAGAGAAAAUUCAAGUUUGUAACGUUAGUGAUGUGUUGUGAAUGUAGUAUAAUCAUUUUGUUAGAUCAAUGUAUACUUAUAGUGUUUUCUAUAAAAAAAAUGUAUACUUAGAGUGAGAGAUUUUUUAUUUGAAGAUAAAAUGAAUGAAACAGUUGAAUCUUUUAGUCAUGUCCA